CCUGUUUGACCCAUCUGAGUGGCUGCGAUGAAUCACAGCAAGGUUGAAUUUGAGCCUUUUGAAUAUUCCUACUAUGACUAUUCAGACUGGUACUCGAACAACGCAGAGCCAACCAAACCACCCAAAGAAGUUAUUUUACCAUGUGACCCCACAGUGGACGAUAAGCUCUUCCAUAUAUGCAUGCUGUCAAUAUCUCUGGUGAUCAUGUUGAUCCUGGCAGUUCUCACCAGGAAGAACAAAUUCUGCCAAGGAUUUACAAGAGGAUCCUCCAGCAUCUUCAGUCCUGCUAACUUCCUGGACCAGACUCAGAAAAAAGGCCUGGUCAUGGCUGUGUUCGGACUGGUGUUCAGCAGGCUGGCAGUGCUGGUGAUCGCCCCGGACCCUCUGCCUUUCUCCAAAGACACCCCAGCGGACGUUAAAGAGUACAUGAAGAUAAUCGCCAUCUUCUACUACCCUGUCCUGUAUUAUCCUCUGCUGGUCUGCAGCACUCUGCAGCACAAAGCUGGUUACGUGUUCGGGACGCUCCUCUCCUUCACGCACUUUGGGGUCCUGGUGUGGCAGAAGUUCGACUGUCCAAAGACUCCAGAGAUCUAUAAGUACUACGCUCUGCUGGCGAGUCUGCCUCAGCUGGCCUGCCUUGCAUAUCUGUGUGUCCAGUUUCCUUUGCUGUUUGUUAAAGGACCAAAGACUGACGAGGACCUCGACAGCAGCUACUACACCAACUAUGUGAAGCUACUUCUAAAGAACAGGUCCUCCUCAGCCAGCUCUUCAUCUACAGUCAAACCAACGUUGGCAGAGAGAAUACUGGAGGUGCCUAAGAGUUAUAUUUAUAUACCAGAAAAAGUGUUUCGUUUUCCACUGAAACUGGCUGUGUCAGCAUUCGUUGCCUUUGUGGCGAUAUAUCAUACAGCGCUGCUGUUAGUCGUCCUGGUGGUCCCCACUCUCCACAUCGUGCGUGCUGGGAUUGAUGAAAACAUUGCCUUCCUGUUACUGGGCUUUGGCAUCGUCCUGUCAGACGACAGGAUGGAGGUGGUCAAAAUUGUGACCUUCUAUACGUGGUUGCUGGAGGUGUGCUACCUCUGUGCGAUGACCCUGUCUCUUUUGGUCAGUCUCAUCAUGCUCAUGAGGUCCAUGAUUCUUCACAGGUCAAACCUGAAAGGACUGUAUAAGGGAGACAUUUACAGCAUUUACAACAGCCAGAAGACCAUCCGUCCAUCGAAACCUGGCAUCGUCUGUUGGAUGGGUUUGACAGGAUACCAGGCUGCCAUCGUCUCCCUCGGAAUGGCGAUUCAGACUGUGGUGUUCUUCAUCUGCUUCUUGUUCCUGGUGUUUCUGAUCAUUAUCCCAGUUUUUCACGGUCGUAAUAUCAUCGUCUUUGAAAUUGCGGGAAAGGCGUGGCCGGCUUGGGUUGCUCUGCUGCUGGUUACUGUGCUUCAACACGUGACUGCGAAGUUUGCUUUCAUCAAAAAGGAAGCUGGUACGAGAGACUUGAACAACAGAGAGAGUCUGUUUCUCCUGACGUACCUGCUGUUCCUGAUCAACACCAUGGUCGGACUGAUAGUCGCAAUAUGGAGAAUGGUGAUAACAGCUUUGUACAACAUCAUCCAUCUCGGCCGUAUUGACAUCAGUCUGCUGCAUCGCACUGCAGAGUCCUACGACCCAGCCUACAGAUACUACACCCACUCCCUGAAGGUGGAGGUCAGCCAGUCACACCCGGUGAUGAAGGCCUUCUGUGGGCUGUUGCUGGACUUGAUGGUCGAGGGCGGCAGAGCUGGACAGAAAAUAAGAGAGGCAGAGGAAGGGAUUCAGGAGAACAGGCCGAGCAAGGCGACCACCCGCCGCAGGAUUCGCUCUCGCUGGCAGCUGCUGUACACGCUGGUCAACAACCCGUCCCUCCUGGGUUCCAGGAAGCACUUCCAGACACUGCAGACCUCUGAGAGCAUCCUGAACGGGACCCCCAACCACAGCUCCAAAAAAGGCAGCAAGAAGGAGGCCGACAAGCCGGCGUCCGAGCCCGUCCAGUCCACCGAGACCACGACAAACCAAGAUAAAACUGAGUCUGAUCCCUUAUCUGUGUAGUGUGGCUGGCAGUAUACUCCAAACAAUAUUACAUUUAGCAAAACUGCCCACACAAUCUAAACUUCUGGUCAACUUCUGGAGAAGCUUGUUGGGAGCAGCUGAGAUCUAAUACUUGAGCUUGAAUAUCUGCUGCAGGUGAUUCAUCAGUCUGGUUUAAGUUUGGCUAACCCACAGGUCUACACAGUGUGGUGAUCCAUAAUUCCAACUUCUUAAAUUCACGUUUUCUACAGCAACGACUUUAUGUCCAAUGUGAUCUUGUCCGGGGUAUACUGUCACUCUUACUGACAUGAUCCUACAUUUUUAUAUGGUUCACAUGGUGGCAUUAGUCAUUCAGGUUCAUUCAAAGACUCUUUAAUGAAGGUUACAUCGGGUACAUGGUGACAAACUUAAAGCCAGCAGCAUGUUUGUUGUUUGUUGCUUAGAAUGAUAUGAAUGAUAAAAGCCCAAUAAAACUGAGAGAUUUCUAUCUGCUACGAAGCCAACACAAACAAUAAAACAAAAACAGGUGAGGCUUACUCACCAAGAAGCUAACAGGAGUAUCAGUUUCCCUCCCGCCUUUCUAAACUGUCCUUGCGUUCUGCUUGUGCAGAGCAGUUGAGGCCUUUUAGUGGUCACAUAUUGACGAGCACACAAAGUGCAGCGCCAGUUCUGAUCAAUGGCAGCAUCAGAAUAAGAGGUCAUAGUCCCCUCUGCCUCCGGUAGAUGCAGUUAUGUCAACACAUGCUGUGCUCCGUGCAA